AUGGAACAAGUUAAUGAUAAAUUAGGUAAAUUAAUUAACUUGACGCAAAAAGACGGUAAAUUAAGUCCAAGUAAAGAAACACAGCAAACACAUGCAGCUGUUACAGACGAUCAAAUUGAAAUUUUUAUUGACAAUGAAACAAAAUCAAAACUUCAUGGUGUUCAACAAUAUUACGUUACUUUAAAUAAUGAUGAUAAAAAAAAAUUAUUUCGUUUACUGAGUGUUGUACCAUUCAAACAAGCUGUUAUUUUUCGUAAACCUGCAUCAAGUUACAAACGUUUAUGCAAAUCAUUGAAUGAAAAUAAUUUAUCUGCUGUUGAAAUUCAUCCUGGUAUACCAGAAAACGAACGUUUGGCACAUUAUAAAAAAUUUAAAGAAGGUCAAACACGUAUUGUCGUUGCAACAAAAUUAUUUGAAUGUGGUAUGAAUGUUGCACGUGCUAAUAUUGUAUUUAAUUAUGAUAUGCCAGAAAAUACAGAUACUUAUCUUGAUCGAAUUGCCCGUGAUGGUGGAGUUGGUGCAAAAUGUUUAGUAAUAACAUUUGUUGCAGAUGGAAGUGAUGCAAAAAUUCUUAAUGAAGUUCAAAGUCGUUUUGGAGUACAAAUUACUGAAAUGCCUGAUGAAGUUGAUAUGAUUACAUACAUGAAAAAUUAA